AUUAAGAGCAACUUGUCGAACACUUAACUGAGACUUGUUUUGCGGCGCGACAACUUAUCGCUCGUGUGUACGGGUAGUAAAAUUGUUGUUAUUGAAUUACCCUCUAUAAUACAUUUGGGAAAACCGUGGUAAUUAUAUAUAAAAUUCAUACUUUGACUUUAAUUCCAGACUUACCUUUUCGCACCAAGGCAGCACCAAAACGACAACGCUAUGUCCAAGGACGCAAAAAGUAUGGUGUGGGACUACCUGGUGUUCGUGAUCUUCGUGAUUGCGAGCACCUUCGUAGCAGUGUAUUCCCGUUUCUUUGGACCAAAAGAAAAGACCAAAGCUGACUAUGUUUUCGCGGCUGGGAAGGUAUCCAUGGCUGCCAUGAUGCUUAGCAUAGCUCGAGGGACGUUAGGUGUCAGAUCUUUUCUGGGAUAUCCCUCAGAGCUCUUUUAUCGAGGUGCCACCAUGUGGGAGACGCUCUACGGCAUGGUGCUAGCCUACCCAAUCGUAUGCUUCGUAUUCGUGCCAGUGUACUUCAGCUUAGGCAUCACUUCAGUCUAUCAGUACUUGGACCUUAGGUUCAAGUCGCGACUGGUGCGAUGCUUAGCGUCAGGGACCUACAUCGUGCGUCAGCUACUUAACCAAGGUGUAACCGUGUUCACACCAUGUGUUGCGCUGAACACUGUCAUUGGAAUUCCGUAUUGGGCAUCUAUAACUGGCAUCAGUUUCGUCAGUAUUAUCUUCACUUUGUUGGGCGGGCUCAAAGCUGCAAUUUUAGCUGACGUCAUGCAAGGACUGACGAUGAUUGCGGUUAGUAUGGCAAUAAUAUUCCAAGGAUGCUUUGAAGCUGGUGGUGUAGACGUUGUUGUCCAAAAGAACUCUGAGGGUGGUAGAAUGAACUUUUUCAACUUCAGCUUUGAUCCUACCGCAAGAGUCACUACAACAUCAGCGAUCAUCGGUCAAUUAUUUAUGUCCCUCUCCAUCUUUGGAUGCCAGCAGAACUUUGUGCAGAGGUAUUGUAGUAUGGACUCACAAAAGAAGGUGACUAAAACAUUAAUGUGGAACAUACCUGUGAUAACUGUACUCUUCAGCUUAUCCUGGGUAGUGGGCAUGGUAGUGUAUGCCGUCUAUGCAAGCUGUGAUCCACUUAGCUCUGGUUAUAUCAAGAAGUACGAUGAGAUUCUUCCAUUCUUUGUCGAAGACCGCUUUAGCUAUCUACCAGGAAUUCUAGGACUAUUUAUGGCCAGUCUUUUUAAUGGUGCUCUUAGCCUAAACGUAUCAAACUUAAACUCUCUGGCGACAGUGGCAUUCGAGGACUUCGUGCGCCCCAUUCCUGGUCUGCGUAACCUGAAAGAUUCCCACCAACUGCUCGCAAUCAAAACCAUCAGCACAAUUCUGGGCCUGGUAAUCAUGGCGAUCAGUUUCGGAGUGGGAACAAUGGAUGGAGUGAUUGAAUCAUCCAUGUUGGUCACUUCUGCCACUUCUGGGCCAUUGCUGGGAGUCUUCAUCAUGGCUAUGCUGAUCCCCUGUGCUAACUGGAAGGGUGCUUCAAUAGGCAUGAUCUCAGGCCACAUGGUAACUCUUUGGAUCACAUUUGGCGGACUAACAGUCGACAAACCUCCGGCAAAGAUGUUGCCCUUGGAUGUGUCUGGAUGCAGCAAUACGUCCUUCAACGACCACAUCUUGAAACCAGAACACAAAAACAACAACUGGGCACCUGUCACCACACCUUCGCCCUACUACAUUUACAAUGAUACGCACUAUCUUGAUAUUCUUAACACCACCAGAGCAGCUCCAUCUGACCCUCUGACCCAGCUGUACUCUAUCAGCUACAUGUACUACGCAUUCAUUGGCUGCUUCAUCACCAUCCUUCUGGGCUGGACAGUGUCCUACUUUACCGGCAGCGAAAGCGACAGGUACGACGAGGAGCUCAUCCACCCGUGGGCCCGCAAAAUGGCAGAGUUCUUCCCAGGAAAGAAGCGCAUCUACUCCCACAAGGAGAAGAAGGAGAGAAAGGAAAAACCAGAAAAAAAGGAAAAGCCAGAAAAGAGUGAAAAUGGAAUGGUGCAUGUCGCGUCCAACUCCAGCAUACAGCAAACUAGCACGCAAGAGGCAGGUGGGGGAGUUUCAAAUCCCUCAUACUCGCACGACAUGCCUAUGGAAUCGGUCGAAGGGGUUUUCAAGACAAAGUUGUGAGUUUUUCAUUAGAGCUUGCGACGUGUUGGAGCUACGAGUAAGGUUUCUGAAGAAGACGUAUGUUUCAGUAUGGCCAUGAAAGUUAGUAUACCUUGACUGAUGAUCUUAAGAUGAGGUAAACGCAAGUCUCUUUGACGUUAAUAUGUUUUAUGGUUCGAAAUCAGGGUGUACACCCAAACAGCACAGCGUAUUCUAAUAGUAUUUCUAGAACUGGAUUAUUCUAUCAAGUGUCCAGGAAAAUAUACAUUUUCAAGGUAUAUUCCGGGAGAGUGAAAAUGGGAAUGCAAAAUGCUACAGUAGGAUAUUCUCCCUCAGAAUAUCCUAGGAAAAUGCUUGAUGUUCUGAAGAGUAUCUCAGGUGUGUUGGAAAGGAACAAUACGGAAUAUUAUUAGAGUAUUCAUCAUAUCCUAGUAAUGGUACUAGAAUAUUCCGAGGGAAAUAUUCUAUAGUUGUAUAUGUCAUGUUCACUGGAUUAUUUGUCGAAACUACAUGUUUUCGAAAUAGUAGCUUCAUAUAUUUUGACCUAUAUCGAGCAUUAUGGUUGUUUACAUUAAUUCCAGUAGGGUGUCCCACUUUCAAGCAAGUAUUCGAUGCAGGGCCAGCUGAGCUCAUCCAAGCGUAGCUUCGAUAGAUAAUGUAAAGUAAUGAUGCUGUUAUCAUGGAGAAAUAGUCCAUGAUGAUAAUUAAAACGUUUACGUAUUCGUCAUAAAUUGAAAGCAUGCCUCGUUAGUAUAAUUUCAGUGAAAGCAUUUUUCUUUGACAGUGAACUAAACAUCAAUUUCAGAUCAUGAAGUACCGUGCUACAAUAAAGUAGAUGUAGGAAAUACUGAUGGUUGCAUAUAUUACACUGAAUUCAUUUAAAUUCUGGAAAUCUGAUUGAAUAAUAAAAUAACACUUAAUGUAAGACUUUUCAAAUGUCGUAAUAAAGAACACAGGCAGCUGAAAAAAUUAGAGAAAGCUAACGUGGCAUGUGACAAUGAUUGCGUUCUUACACUGGUAUGUAGUAGCCAAUUCCUAAUGCAAUCUAUUAUUUCUUUAUCCGUUGCAUUUUGUGCAGCAGUAUUCUUGUGAACAGAUUCUGAAAUAAUGUAUUUUCUUAAAUAACAACACAUUCAUAAAAAAACGCUUACCAGUAUUUCGGAUAUCUCUGUACCAUUCUUGAAACUACAGCUUAUAGGAAACCAGUCAGAAAUUGAAAUUGAAUUGAAUGAAACGUUUAGCUUAUUUUUUUUUGAAGUUAUGUAAUGAAUAGACUGUUACAAAUAAUACUUGCUCAAGACAUUGUUUUGCUAACACCAAAUUUGCUAGAGGUAUUUCUCGCCUCCAGCUAUGAAAACUUAAAAGCAAGUUCAUUGGUCAGCAACUUCUGUAGUAUUUAAUAACUUCAUCUACCGAAUAUUCUGGGAAUCUUCCCAAUAUAUUCAACCUAGCAAUAAAUGAUCAGUCUCAAAUAAACUCUUACAAAUAUGUGAAGAUUUUUUUCAGGAUUUCACUCACUUUAUGAUAUUUAUAACGGUCAUCCAUAAAUUUCACAUCCAUUUUAUCUGCAGCAGCUUCGUCAACUUUAUUUUUUUCAACAAUCGAAGUUAUCUUUAAGUACUUUUCCUUCAAAACCUAAAACCAAAAAUAGAACAUCAGUGCAAUUCCAAAUAUAUAUUUAUUCUGCUACUACAUUCGUCAGUGUAUUUCGUGUAAUGGACAUAUAUUUGGUUUGUGGUGGAAUACAUGUUUUAUGUUUCGGACCUUGUAAAUUUGAACCUCGAUCUGACUUACCUUUCGAGUGUGGACUUUGUAUGGCUUUCGUAUGAAUCCAAGUGGAAUAAAAAACAAUAUCAUAAUUAUUGAAGUCUAGUAUAUACUAAACAGCAACAAAUACUACAGAAACGUGUAUUAAACAGACACACUUAUAUCGUUUACUUUGUCGUCGACAAUAUUCAGGAAACCACAGCGGGAAGGUUAAGUAAAUAGUAUCUUCCAUGUCCAUCCUCAUACGCAGCAUACAUGUGCCUUCAUACCAACUUACAUGAACAUGACAAUUAUUUCGAUACAAAGUAUCUGUUAAACUAUGAUAAAACAUUUGGAACAUCUGGAAUAUUGUGUGCUGUCUGGGAAGGCAGUCGCUGAUAUGAACGGAUACCGUAUAACGUUGUUACAAUACGUCGCAUGGCGUUACGCCAGAGGGUAUACCUAUACGCCAUUCGUAGUCCAUUUACGCCCAGUCAAAACACAACAUGCCCAAAAGCGAGAUUAUACAGGUCCGUAUUUUCCUCAAGGGUCUUGGAAUAAUCUAACAAAAUAAAUGAUUAUCUUUAUAGAAAGAAGUCCAGAUACUUUUCACAGUUCUUUAUUUGCUGGAAGUACUUGAAUCAUCGUCCGAAUGGUUAGUAUUAAUUAUUACAGGUUCAAUUUGAAUAUCGAUCAUAUUGUCCAGAUCCCAGAUCCUUGUUUCAAUUGUCUCUUGAACUUGACGUUACUCUGUUGACAGCUUCAUAAAACAAAUUUAUCACGUCAGAAAAUUUUAAUGUUCUGUUGUUUGAAGCCACAUAGUUUGUUAUAUUUGCCCAAAUAAUUUCAAUGAGAUUGAAUUCGCACCUUAAAACGGUCUUAUAUUGGUUUUUAGCCAUUUCGUCAAUAACAUUAAGAUUAUAUUCAUAUUUGUGCUGCCUGACUAGAUGGAUAAGUUCAGUUUUGACCAUAUUCUCACUAAACCUUGUGGGAAUUUUUUGUAGUUUUCUAGUGUGAUAUGCAGCAUUAUCAAGUAUAAUGACGGCAUUGUCGUCAAGCUUUGGGACCGUUUCUUUAAACCUUCGUCCAAAUGAACUCCCGCUUCAUGGUAGUGGUCGUGUUCCUUGACUCAAAUGCCCAUAGGGCAGUGGAAACAAAGCCAUCUUGACUGACAAUGUGACAGAUAACUAAUCGUUUUCCUUUUCCUGGAAAUAAUUAUUUCAUAUAGUAUUCAAGAAAACGAAUAAUAAUACAAGCAGAGUAGAUAUCUAACAGGUGUUGGUUCCAAUCUACCAGAUAUACCUAGCUAAAUUUUCAGCGUGGGCCCAUAGAUUCAGUUUACUUGACACCAUUUUUAAAACACAAAUGACGAAUUGGUUAGAUACACGUACUUGACGGAUUCUUCAAACCAAUAGUUAGUCAUCCUGCUAAUUUAAUUGUAGAGUCAGUCUAUACUUUAAGUUUUCUGUAUCCUGCAUUUAUCCAGGUUUCAUCCAAGUAAUAAAUCUUCCUGCCCUGGUCGCGGUAUUCCUUUAAUGAUUUUAAAUAAUUUCUUAUCCAUAAAAUAAUCUCUUGGCUGUCCAUCAAAAUACUAUUUCUGCCCCGUUUUUUGAAAAUAGGUAAGUCUUCGUCACUAUUAACCUCCUAUAAUUCUUUAUCUAUGGUAGGAAGUUCCUGCCUUUCAAAAAAUAGAUGGACUUUAUGCCUGAUGGCAUUCCGAUCAAAGUUAUCAGCUGUAUCCAACAGCUUCGUGUAAUGCAGCCUCUUGUGUGGUGGAGACAAUUUUUGUUUUUUUUAUAUUAUUUAACAAUGUUGAAAGUUGUCUUAGGACAUAAGCCUGUUGUGUUCGCCACAUGUCUUUCAAUAUGAUGAAUUUUCAUUUCAGGAUGCUAAAAUUUCGGUGUUAUAAACGUUAAGGACAAUAUCUCUUGCCUGAAUAUCCAAAUUUCCCUUCUUGUCACGUUUUCGGGGAGGAGACAUCGCUGAAGAGGAAGCAUGGCUGAAGACAGUAUUGGGAGAAAUAUUCUCAGAUUUAUCUACUGUAUCCGUAGACGACAUGCUAACGUAUUAAGCAUAAAAGCAACUGCCGGCGUCGGAGUGCCGGCGAUACCCCGAGCAUGAGUUCUAACCUGUCAAAUUCUGCACUUGUUGGUAGUUUUAUGGCCGAAUCAGCAAUAGCUAUUGCAAUGCUUAGGCGGCUGCCGCUUUGCUGCGCUGCAUCGUUGUUGUGCAUUGUUGUAAAUGGACUACGAAUAGGGUAUAGUGGCAUUACUUGGUCUUUAUAUCCAAGUCAGUCUUAUAUACAGUUGGAUAGAGUUAAGGUUACGCCAUCAAGGUCAUUACCUCAUACAGCAUCACUCCAGUUUAAGUGUUACUUUUUAGGUGAAUCAUACUCAUGGUUGCAGGUUACAAUAUGUGAUAGGACACUAAAAUGUCUGUGAUCUCUAGAUGUUAUAGUUUGAUAUUAUGUUUUAUCCAAUGCUUAUAGUCUAGCAAAUGGGCACCAAAUGGGCGGUUUCAAGGAAUAAAGAACAGGACGUAUGAGUUUUUCUUUACCAACUAAUAUUGGAGAUUCUUUCAAAAUUUGAGCCAUACUGAAGCAAAAAAUGAUAAGCAUAAAUUUUCAGUGGUUAUGAGCAUGAAAAAAUGCCUUAAGUUAGUGUCAGUACUGCUAUCUUAAUUUCCUUGAAACCCCAUCCUAUUCUGGGCUAUCAGUGUAGUUUUCAAGUAUCAAGUCAGCACAACUACUUAAGGUUUUUUGAUGUAUGUAUAUAUAAUUAUUUCGACAUAAUAAAUGGCUUUAGUAUUUUUGCCUAAUUUCAUUCGGAUUAAAUGUGGUAGGAAACUAUUAUAUAGUAAUUGGGAGCGAAAGUACGAAUUUAAAUGUUAAGACAGAAUUAGUAAAAAAGUACUAUAUUAUAUAUGUUAGUUGUGAGAUGUUACUUCUUUCUACUUCCUUCUUAUUAUUAUUCUUAAAACUCAGUUUACUGCUGAA